AUGGCGAGCUUCUUUGUCCCUCACUUUGAUGUGGAAUAUGGGUACAUCGACAAGCUUGCUGCCUCACCUGAUGCUAUUGACAAACCAAGUGGGUCCGCGAAGGUCGUCGAGUUUGAGAUCCGUGUCUGGUCUGGACCAGUUUCCGCUUGCCAUGGCCACGGGUUGAGAAAGAACUUCCAAGGGCCAGGACAGCUGUUCAGGCCAGUGGCCCUGGAGACGAUUGACCGCGGAGAGACCAGCUCGAACGGCCCAUGCUUUGACGAAAGGUUUUGUGCUUCUGGUCAUGAUGGCCGUCCAGUGGAUCAAGAUAAGCAACGCAGUGUCAUCACCAAUCGCUAG